UCAGUCAGUUUACCUAGCGCGUUCGCAAAGGAAUACCGUGUGUUGGUUAUUCAAUUCGCCGUCGGAAUUAUUUAUUAUCAACAAACAAGUUUCACUUAUCAUUUCAACAAGCUCAUAGUUUUAGAAUUAGAGAAAUAUGACCGAUGUUAUGUACUUUGGGGGCGUGGAAGGCGGUGCAACACAUUCGAACCUGGUCAUCUGCGAUGGCACCGGCCAAGUGCUUGGCACAGCCAGUGGGCCGGGCACCAACCACUGGACCCUUGGCAUCGAGGGCUGCGCCAACCGCAUCGUCGCCAUGCUCAAAGCUGCCAAGAUCAACGCUGGUCUUCCUGUUGAUAAACCUUUGGAUAGUUUGGGUCUGACGCUGUCAGGGUGCGAGCAGGAAAGCAGCAAUGCAGAACUAGCAGCGCGCGUGAAAGAGAUAGAUGCUGACUGCGCGCGCGCCAUCUACGUAGCGUCCGACACAGCUGGGUCCUUGUUCACUGGAGCGCCCAAUGGGGGAAUGGUGCUGAUUGCUGGAACUGGUUCAAAUGCUUUGUUGAGAACACCGAGUGGAGAACAGCAUGGCUGCGGUGGGUGGGGCUUUCUACUGGGAGACGAAGGAAGUGCAUACUGGAUUGCACACCGCGCCGUCAAAACCGUGUUCGACGACAUCGACGGCUUGAAACCUUCUCCGCAUCCGAUCCACAACGUCUGGGAAGUCAUCAAAGAACACUUCGAAGCUGACACUAGAGCAGACCUGUUACCACACGCCUAUAAGCAUUUUGACAAACCACAGUUUGCUAGUGUAACAGUGAAACUGGCCAAAUUAGCGAACCGUGGGGACUCGUUAUCCCAACACUUAUUUGCUGAAGCCGGCAGCGCUUUAGCGGCGCAUAUAGCUGCGCUAGCGCAUAAGGCCACCGCCUCAAGACUGAGGGUGGUCUGCGUCGGAUCUGUCUGGAACAGCUGGGACGCUUUGAAACCGGGAGUGUUGAACGAACUUCACAGUCGACGGGUAAAACUUGAACUGGACUUCGUGCGAUUGAGGGUAUCUAGCGCCAUGGGAGCUGUAUGGCUAGCGGCCAAACACGUCGGCUUCGAUCUACCCCGAGAUGACUCGGCAUUCUGCUCAGUCUUUUUCACUUACGCCCCGGACUGUGCCAACGGGAUAAACGGAACGAACGGGUCUAAUGGGGUGCACGGGAAGUGCAAUGGGGCGAAUGGGAAACACGAAAACGUCACGUGCAAGGUAAAUGGGAACAUUAAUGGGGUGACGAUGAACGGUGAAGUGUGCGGCUGCUAUUCGACAUUUGCCAGCUGUCAUUCGUCAAGAAGUGUCAUUUUUUCACAGUUGACAAAAAUGUCAAUAACAAAGAGAUUUUCUCGUAUUUAUUUUAAUUUAAAACCAGUAUUCAACGCUAAUUACAGAUGUUUAAGUCGUGUUAUUCCAAUUUUCGAUAGUAAAAACAGUUGGCGGGGGAGUAAACAUGGGUACGUUAGCAUAUUCGCGAUCGCCGCAGGCGUUUUAGGUUAUGUAGGUUUAAAAGAGAAAUUAUUUGCUGCUGAGCCUAUUGGGAACGAAUUAAAAGGUAGACGAGAGAAGUAUAACUUUAUAGCUGACGUGGUUAAGGUUUCGGCGCCGUCUGUGGUGUAUAUCGAGAUCAAAGAUGGGAGAAGACUGGACUUGUUCAGUGGGCAACCUAUAACCCUUUCAAACGGGUCUGGGUUCAUUGUGAAGGAAGAUGGGCUCAUUCUGACGAACGCUCACGUUGUGGUGAAUAAACCUAAUGCUGUGGUCAGUGUUAGGCUUAUGGAUGGAUCAACUCACACUGGUUUUGUGGAAGAUGUAGAUAUGAAAUCAGAUCUAGCAACCCUACGGAUCCCUGUAAAGGGUCUGCCAAUUAUGAAGCUUGGCUCUUCAGCGGACAUCAAACCCGGGGAAUGGGUAGUAGCUAUGGGCAGCCCCCUGGCAUUAAGCAACACGGUGACCGCUGGUGUUGUGAGCUCCACACAGAGGGCCAGUGAGGAGCUAGGACUUAGAGGCAAAGACAUGGUCUACAUCCAGACUGAUGCACCAAUCACAUUCGGAAACAGCGGCGGCCCACUAGUCAACUUGGACGGUGAAGCGAUCGGUAUCAACAGUAUGAAAGUCACAUCGGGCAUUUCAUUUGCUAUACCCAUCGACUAUGUAAAGGACUUUUUAGCUAAAAGGACAACGAAAUCACCUCAAGUGUCCAGACGAUAUCUGGGCAUUACGAUGCUGUCUCUGACUCCCAACAUUCUGAUGGAACUUCGGAUGAGGAAUCCAGAGAUGCCAAGUGACAUAGAGCAUGGGAUCCUGGUUUGGAAAGUCAUCAUCGGGUCUCCAGCUUAUAACGGAGGCCUCCAACCAGGCGACAUAGUGACCAGCAUAAAUGGAAUACCAGUGCAUAGCGCAGCUGACAUCUACAUGCUUCUAGAAAAAAGCAGCGGCAACCUCAAAGUGGAAGCCGUCAGAGGGCGCUCCCGGGUGACCCUGACUGUGGCGCCGGAAUACCACGGAUGACAGGGCGAAGACGAUGACAUCGACUGUCACUGCGAGUGUCACUGCACAUGUCACUGCGAGUGUCAUUGUACAUGUCACUGCGUGUGUGGCGACGAUGAUGAUGAAUGAGGCAAUUGUGUGUUUGUGGACUGUUUUAAACUUUAGUUAUGCCAUAAUUACGUCAGUGUUACAGAUAGAUUACUCUUUGUAUGCAGUCUGAUUAGCAGGAAUUAUAAUUAGUAGAAAAUAAACUGGAUGAUUUACUUAUCGCCCAAAGUAGGUAAUAACUUCCUUUAACCGUUUUAGGUAGGCAUUUUAAAUGUUUAAAAUUAUAUCUGUGUCCUAAUUUUCCUGCCCUAUCAGGGUUUUUGAAAUUUCAUCCCCAAUGGGGUGAAUUUACAUAUUGUAUUUAUCUCUGAUUAAUAUAAAUGGUUAUUUUAUAAUAUAGCCAGAAAAUGAUCCAUUUUUGAGUCAAUCCGUUUUUGGAGUGUACUGACGGCAGCACAUAAAAUAUAAAAAUUCUUGGUGCAAAAUGGCACAAAACUGCAUAAGAUACAGUA